AUGCAGAAACAGCUGGACAUGGUGGAUGUGGAGGGAAUGACAUUGCUGAUGCACGCUUGCUCCACCUCAAGCUCGGCCGUCUUUCAAGCAUUGUCGAAGACUGUCCAACCCUCACAGUUUAGGGACGUCAUCCGGGCCACGGAUGCGCACGGAAUGACGAUUUUGCAUCACGCCGUUAACGGCAAUGGCAACGAGCAAGCUACGACCCGUUCCAGCACUACUGCACCCUCGCAAACUGCGCCCCCGCAAGAGCGCCUACCGUCGGCCGGCGCCGGGCGGGAGGGGAGCACGCCAACCGAACCCCCGUCAACAGCGGGAGAGAGGCUUGCCACGGUGACGGAAGGCGGGGGCCCCGUUGAGGGCCAAGAAAGUGAGGACGUACCGUUCGUCCUCGAUCCGCGGCUGCCGGUGAUACAGGCCGCGCUGGAGUUUGCCAGAGCGAACUUGUGGAUGCCCGAGUACCGCAAGCUGCUCGAGGCCCGGGACGGAUGGCACAGAAGUAUCAUCGAGCACGCAAUCAUGUCUGGACGGACCCAGAUUUUCGAGGCGGUUUUCAACGCGUUUCGCAGGGAUGUUCACGAUGAGAAGAUCGACCUCCUCUUGGACCCGGGGGUUGAAACUAGCCAUGCGCAGACGUCUCUCAGGAGAGCGAUGAAUUCUCAGGAGGGAACGCCCAUGGCACAGCUAGUUCGAGAGAAGACAACGAGCCUGAAGUCCGACGUAACCAAGCGGAAGGAUGACUCCACGGUCGCCGCCAAGAUCCAAGCCUUCAUCCCGGGAAAUCUUAUCGUGAUCUUCCAGCUUUUGCUGCCUGAGUUCGAUGAGAGCGGGGACGGCCCGUUGUACCUUCUUCUUGUCCUCUGCUUCAUUGCUCCGUUUUGGUCGUGGGGGGCCGCCAUGAGCGUAAAGCGGGAUCCCGAAACCACCAACACAAGAGCGAGUCCCGCCAUGUUCUUUUGGGGUGUGGGAACGAGCAAAAUUGCGCCCAACUCCUUCAACUGGGCGGAGUCAGCGAGUGCGGCAGCGCUGGCUGUCGCGACCAUCGUCAUCCCCGCGCUUGAUACGUACUUCUCCGGCCGCGGCGCCCGCGCGACCGUCUCAGUGGUUACCAUCUUUUUCCUGAAUCUCAUGGGCGGCAAGAAGGGCAAGACCACCAGAGCAGCCAAUAGAUCCAAUCAGCUCUACGGGCAGGAUGACGACAUCGUAAGUCAGAGGAACUUCCCUUCAAAACCCCCGCCCUACCGUUCCUUCGUGAACACCAACCCCCGCACAGCGGGCACUCACACCAUGGACGCCAACCAGACGCCAGCAAUCAGACCUGCUCCACUGCGUACGGCCGACGCUGGGGGAAGCCCAAGAUCCCAACGAAGCAAGUCUAGCAAAUCGCCUGUGGGGAGUAUCUGGGGAGACGAUGGAGAUGCUGGGGUAGUGUAGUGGUAGUGGUAGGUUGGCGUGGUCAUGGUGAAUACCAUCUCGGAUUUGUGUGAUUUAUGUAUGUGUGUGGGGAUUGGAUUGCCUUAGGUCUAUCUAUCGAGGUCUUUGUCGGCCGGACGUGGGAUCCGAAAAUGGUGAAACUGGUUAUCGCUAGUCGGGGAUAGCUCCCAAGAUACCCCAAACGAUUUU